CAAGUACUUCAUGAAGAUGCUGAGCAGUGUCAGCGAGACCCUGAUCUUCAUCUUCAUGGGCGUGUCCACCGUGGGGAAGAACCACGAGUGGAACUGGGCCUUCGUCAGCUUUACGCUGGCCUUCUGCCUGGUCUGGAGAGCCCUGGGUGUCUUUGUCCUGACUCAGGCCAUUAACUGGUUCCGGACAAUUCCCCUGACCUUUAAGGACCAGUUCAUCAUUGCCUAUGGAGGGCUCCGAGGGGCCAUCUGCUUUGCGCUGGUGUUUCUCCUUCCCGCGGCUGUGUUUCCCCGGAAAAAGCUCUUCAUCACGGCUGCAAUCGUCGUCAUAUUCUUCACUGUCUUCAUUCUGGGAAUAACCAUCCGGCCACUAGUGGAGUUUCUUGAUGUUAAAAAGGCCAAUAAGAAGCAGCAGGCCGUGAGUGAGGAGAUCCACAGCCGGUUUUUUGACCAUGUGAAGACUGGGAUUGAAGAUGUCUGUGGACACUGGGGCCACAAUUUUUGGAGAGACAAGUUUAAAAAGUUUGAUGACAAAUACCUGCGGAAGCUUUUGAUCCGGGAAAACCAGCCCAAGUCGAGCAUCGUGUCCUUGUAUAAAAAGCUGGAGAUCAAGCACGCCAUUGAGAUGGCGGAGACCGGGCUGAGGAGCGCGGGGCCUUCGUUUGCGUCCCUGAAUGACUGUCAUGAAGAAAAAAUAAGGAAGCUUACACCUGGUGAAAUGGAUGAAAUUCGAGAAAUAUUAUCAAGAAAUCUCUAUCAGAUCCGCCAGCGAACUUUGUCAUACAACAGACACAAUCUGACGGCUGACACAAGUGAGAGACAAGCCAAGGAGAUUCUCAUCCGCCGAAGGCACAGUUUGCGAGAGAGCAUUCGGAAAGACAGCAGCUUGAGUCGGGAGCGCAGGGCUUCCACGUCAGCCUCCCGGUACCUGUCCUUACCCAAAAAUACGAAGCUUCCAGAAAAGCUACAAAAGAAAAGGAAUGUUUCUAAUGCAGGUGGCAACAGCAGUGACUCGGACGCCGAUGCCGGGACCACUGUCCUCAACUUGAAGCCCCGCGCAAGGCGCUUCUUGCCGGAGCAGUUCUCACAGAAAGCAGCCCAGGCCUGCAGGAUGGAGUGGAAGAACGAGGUGGACGUCGAUGCCGCCCGGCAGCCCUGCACCCCGGCACCCCACCGCAGGGAGGGGGCCACGCAGACCCCAGGCACGCUGCGGCAGCCCCUGCUCCCCCAUGGCCAGCUAGGCCCCGGGCAGGAGGGCCCCACGACUGAGAGCCAGCGACCCAGGCCGCCCCCCAGGCUGGUCCGAAGGGCCUCGGAGCCUGGAGGCCACAAGGCUCGCUGGGGGAGUGAGCGGCCCUAGCGGGAAAUGCCCUGCGGCCAGCGCCACUGUCACUGCUCC